CUCGAUCUGCUGGUUUGACUGGUAAGGCUGCUCGCGGUGUCGAGAGGUGUGGUGUGAAGCCAACAAAAAACAGAGACAGGUGCAGAGAGAACGAGAGAGAAGGAAACGCCGGAAUAACGUAGUGGCCCUCUCGCAUCCAGCCUCCAUUAAAGAGAGAAAAUCAAACCAGUUUGUGGAUCAGGUGGAGAUAGGAGGACAUUACGAAAGAGAGGAAGAUGGCCGAAGACCCAGCUAUUGAACUCUUUAUUAAGGCCAGCGACGAUGCUGAGAGCGUGGGGAACUGCCCUUUCAGUCAGAGACUCUUCAUGAUCCUGUGGUUGAAGGGCCCCAAAUUCCGAAUCACUACUGUGGACAUGAAGAGGGCACCUGAUGUCCUAAAGGAUUUGGCUCCUGGCUCUCAGCCUCCCUUCCUCAUCUACAACGGUGAAGUCAAAACGGACACGAACAAGAUCGAGGAGUUCCUGGAGCUGGCCUUAGCUCCACCACAUUAUCCAACACUGAGUUGUAAAUACAGAGAAUCCAAUAAUGUUGGAGAGGAUGUCUUCAGAAAAUUCUCAGCAUAUAUUAAAAAUCCAACCCAGGCGCUAGAGAAAAAAUUUCUCGCAACACUGGUGGACCUGAACAUCUACCUGGAGACCCCUCUGCCUCAUGAGCUGGACCAAAACUCCAGCAUAUCUGCGCGUCGUUUCUUGGACGGCGACACCCUCUCAUUGGCAGAUUGCAACCUGCUCCCCAAACUUAACAUUGUCAAGGUGAUAUGUAGGGAGUAUCGUGCAUUUACGAUCCCUUCUGAGCUGAAAGGUUUAACGCGCUACCUGGAAUGCGCCUACAAACAAGACCAGUUUCGAUACACCUGCCCACGUGAUCAAGAGAUUAUUGAUGCCUACCGUGGUGUGGCCAAGCCUGUCAGGAAAGACAGUCAGAGAAAGUGUUGAAGUUUGGUGUCUGUAAAGAAAACAUUGAAAGACAAUGACAAAAAACAAAGACAAAAGUGGAAUCUUUCCUACAAACGUGACAUGAUGCUUGUUUUUUUUUAUCUUUACAGCUACAUGUUUACACAUUCACUUUUACAUUGAUUGAUGUUUUUGUUCUUAAGAAUUUGAUUCUAAUGUUCCUCAAAUUACAUGCUGUUUUGUAUAUACUGUAUGUACUGUUGUUGUAUCGAAGUGGAUUUCCUCCUUGGUCUUUUGCAGGAUCGAGACCACACAGAAAAUUUAAGUUAUAUACAUUUAUGCUCAACUUCCAACGAAUUCAUCGCAUUUUGAGGUGAAAUCAGAUUUUGAGCUGACUCCUUUGCAUCAUUAUGUUCAUUUAUGUGUGUAUUUUAGUAACCAAGUUACAGUUAAAUUAACUGAAUGAAAACAAGGUGAUGGAAAGACAAAGAGACUCUGAUGAUGACGACAUCUAAGUCAAUGUAAAAAAAAAAAAGUGUUGGUGUUUGUUGCAUUAUUAUUGUGUGGUGAUGAUGAUGAUGA